GCAGGCCCAACGAAUGGUCCCUCCGACCGUCAUGCCAGUCGAGAUACCAUCCAUUUCUCACCCACCACGCCCCGGCCGCAAAGCCUCGGCAAAUAUCAAGCACUCCUCCAAACCAACGAUGGACAGUAAAACACCUGUCACAGAUGGCGUGAAUAUUGAUCCACCGCGCAAAAGAGACUCUAGCCGGGCAAAAGCGGCUAGGCACUGGAAGUGGGCUAAAGCCCAACCUGAUUCCACUGAGUCAGAACUCAGUUUAGAUGAGGAGAGUGCCCCUACCCUAGACUCAGAUCAGUCUAACGAUUUGUCCGACCUAGAUUCGGA